GUAUUUAAGAUAAUAAUCACAAUAUUUAAUAUCGUACCACGUGUAAAUCUAGGUGUGAUUCAGUGUUGUAGUGUCACACCCGAAACAGCAGGGGGCAGCAACGCCACUGCGUUUCUGUAACCGCCUAAAAUCAACGAGCUGCUUCUCUCGCAUGUUCAGACGCGCGUCUCCUUGACGUUUCCUAUUAGUAGACACAUACUGUAAACCUUUCUCAAAUUAAAUGAGCAUUAACUUUAAAUUUGUUUAGUUAAGAGGCUGAUAAAUGUCGUUGCCGUGCUUCUGUUGAGUAAACGAAGCGUCUCAAGAGGGUUUAUCAGAAGAAUCAUUUCCAUUAUGGCGGAUGGAGAGGGGUUUGUGGUCCGGGUCAGAGGACUUCCCUGGUCUUGCUCUGUAGAAGAAGUUCACAGAUUUUUCUCGGAGUGCAAAAUCGCAAACAACGGGACAAGCGUACAUUUCACAUAUACAAGAGAAGGACGGCCGAGUGGAGAGGCGUUUGUUGAGUUUGAAUCGGAAGAAGAUCUUAAAAUUGGCGUAAAGAAAGACCGUGAAACCAUGGGCCACCGUUAUGUAGAAGUAUUCAAAUCCAAUAGUGUUGAGAUGGACUGGGUUUUAAAGCACACCGGACCGAAUUGCCCAGACACAGGAGGAGAUGGCCUGGUUAGGCUUCGAGGUCUGCCCUUCGGAUGCAGCAAGGAGGAAAUAGUCCAGUUUUUUGCAGGGUUGGAAAUCGUGCCAAAUGGGAUAACAUUGCCGGUGGACUUCCAGGGGAGGAGUACGGGGGAGGCCUUCGUGCAGUUUGCUUCACAGGAUAUAGCCGAAAAGGCUCUAAAGAAACACAAGGAAAGAAUAGGGCACAGGUAUAUAGAGAUCUUCAAGAGCAGCCGUGCUGAGGUACGCACACACUAUGAGCCGCAGCGUAAGGUCAUGGGCAUGCAGAGACCGGGUCCUUACGACAGGCCGGGGAGCGGCCGUGGCUACAACAGCAUGGGCCGUGGAGUCUCCUUUGAAAGAAUGAGACGUGGAGGAUACGGGGGAGAUGGCCGAUAUGGAGACGGAGGCUCGUCCUUUCAGAGCACGACGGGUCACUGUGUGCAUAUGAGAGGCCUUCCAUAUAGGGCCACUGAAACCGACAUAUACAAUUUCUUUUCUCCACUGAACCCGGUGCGCGUUCAUUUGGAGGUCGGCCCCGACGGGCGAGUAACAGGCGAGGCGGACGUUGAGUUUGCUACCCAUGAGGAUGCCGUGGCAGCCAUGUCCAAAGACAAAGCCAACAUGCAGCACCGUUACGUGGAGCUGUUUCUAAACUCAACAUCAGGGAGCGGAAGCGGAGGAUACGGAGGUCAAAUGAUGGGCGGUAUGGGAAACCAGUCAUCUUACGGGCACAGCAGCCAGCAGAUGAGCUCUGGCUACAGCGGUGGUUAUGGUAACCAGAGUGGCAUGGGCGGUUACAGCGACUACAGUGAGUGUCAGCUCUACCGUAGGUCUGCUAACCGGUGCCAUGGCAAAUCCUAUCGCCCUUGGACCCCUAGGGGUAGCUGUUUGUAAUGCCAGAUUAAAAAGCCUUUCGUGUUAUCCUGUUGUUACCUAUCAGGUAAUCAGGGCGGAAUUGGCAGCAGUUACUAUGGCGGAGGCAGCCGCGUAUCCAUGGGGAUGAACGGCCUCACCAGCGGAAUGGGAGGAGGGUGGGGGAUGUAGCUUCUGGGUGAUGGGCUGCUUCAUAGCUGUAGCAAACCGGUGUCCUUUCAUUUGGUUUUCUUGUUGUUCUAUGUUCCCUUACUUCGAAGACGGCUGUGUUUGCUGUUCUUUGUUUUGUGCACAAGCAAGCUUCUUUUGCUCUGUUCUCCUUUUAUUUUUGUAACAAAAUUUAUUAAGUUAUGUUUAAGAGAAAGUGUUUAUCCAUGUUGCACACUGGAGAGGUGCCUGUUUAUCUGUUUUUAUAGUGAAGAGAUGAUUGUUUUUCUUAAAAGGGGGACACUGUGGGCAAACAUUAUCAGAGCCUUCGGCACAUGUUGACGUCUUUGCACAUGGAGGUUUAUCAGUGAUUGUAGCAUGUCAUAUUUCAAACUUCUCUUUCCAUCAAAGGUGUUUUGCAUGCACUCAAAGCUUCAUUGUGGCGUAUAGUUAGGGAAAAUAUGAUUUUUAUUAUUUUAAGUACGAUUUCAAACUGGUUGGAAAAUGAUUGGUAUUUCAUUUAGAAGCAUGGUACUGUUGUUUGCCAGCAUUUGUUCUUUUCCAUGCAUUGUACUGAACCUUUGUUUUGAGUGAAGUACACGGAGUGAACACA